GUGUGGUACGGUGGUUUCCCACACCAACAGUGGCGCAAACAAACGAGACCUCAAAAACAAAAACUCACAAACCCAUCAUCUCUCGCAUUCGAAAUUUCAUCUCUCAACAAAACCCACCGUUUUCUGCGAAAAUCAAACCCACACUCACCACUCUCCAAUCUCCCAUUCUCCCCUCUUUCUCCAACUCAGCGCAACCGUCACGAUUGCGCCCAAAAUCUCGAUCUUCACUGCGAGGCGUGUUUUGUGAGCACGGAAUACGAAUAUGGAUCACCAAGAGGAUGAAAGUAACAGCAAACAAGACGAUGAGGAAGCUGUUGCUCGCCUUGAGGAAAUAAAAAAAUCCAUUGAGGCGAAGCUGGCUUUACGGCAAAGCAAUUUGAAUCCAGAAAGGCCUGACUCAGGAUUUUUAAGGACAUUGGAUUCUAGCAUUAAGCGCAACACUGCUGUUAUUAAGAAACUGAAGCAGAUUAAUGAAGAACAGCGUGAAGCUCUGAUGGACGAGUUGCGAAGUGUCAACUUAAGCAAAUUUGUCAGUGAAGCCGUGGCUGCUAUAUGUGAUGCCAAGCUUAGAAGUUCUGAUAUACAAGCUGCAGUUCAGAUCUGUUCUUUGCUUCAUCAAAGGUACAAGGACUUUGCACCAAGCCUGGUUCAAGGGCUUCUGAAAGUCUUCUCUCCUGGAAAACCUGGUGAUGAAUCAGAUACAGACAGAAAUUUGAAGGCAAUGAAGAAGCGCAGCUCUCUAAAGCUUCUACUGGAACUCUUUUUUGUUGGAGUUAUUGAAGAUGGUGGCAUUUUUAUCAAUAUCAUAAAAGAUCUUACCAGUGGGGAACAGCUAAAAGAUCGGGAUGCUGCACAAACAAGUUUGACCCUUCUUUCGAGUUUUGCUCGCCAAGGGAGAAUUUUUCUUGGACUUUCUGUUAGUGGGCCGGAAAUUCAUGAAGAGUUUUUUAAAGGCCUUAACAUCACAGCAGAUCAGAAGAAAGUUUUACGGAAAGCAUGCUAUUCCUUUUAUGAUGCUGCAGCUGAAUUACUUCAGUCUGAGCAUUCUUCACUUCGCUUAAUGGAGCAUGAAAAUUCUAAGAUUUUGAAUGCAAAAGGAGAGCUCAGUGAUGAAAAUAUUGCUUCAUAUGAAAAGCUUCGUAAAUCCUAUGACCAUUUGUACCGUAACAUCUCAUCAUUAGCAGAAGCACUUGAUAUGCAGCCUCCUGUAAUGCCAGAGGAUGGCCACACAACUAGGGUUACCAGUGGUGAGGACGGUAUUUCUUCUGCUUCUGGUAAAGAUUCUUCUGUUGUUGAACCCAUAUGGGAUGAUGAAGAUGCAAGGACUUUCUAUGAAUGUUUACCUGAUCUUAGAGCUUUUGUUCCUGCUGUGCUUUUGGGAGAAACAGAGCCUAAAAGCAGUGAACAAUCUGCGAAGAAUCAAGACCAAACAACUGAAAUAUUACCUGAAUCAGACAAAGGUCAACAGACCACCCAUGAAAGUGGAGAGGUCUCUACAGAGUCUAGUGCUUUGCCAGAGGCAGAAAGCACAGAAAGAGUGAAGGAUAAGGAGGAAAAAGACAAGUCUAAAGAAUUGGACAGAGAGAAGGAAAAAGAAAAAGAAAAUGACAAAAAGGGAGAAAAUGAAAAAGACAAACUCAGAAGUGUUGAAGGGACAAAUUUGGAUGCUCUACUGCAGAGGCUUCCGGGUUGUGUGAGCCGGGACCUUAUUGAUCAAUUGACUGUGGAGUUCUGUUAUCUAAAUUCAAAAUCAAGUCGGAAAAAGCUUGUGAGGGCUUUGUUCAAUGUACCAAGGACAUCUCUGGAAUUGUUACCAUAUUAUUCACGCAUGGUUGCCACUCUCUCAACUUGUAUGAAGGAUGUCUCGUCCAUUCUUUUGCAGAUGUUGGAGGAGGAAUUCAACUUCUUAAUAAAUAAAAAGGAUCAGAUGAACAUUGAGACAAAGAUAAGGAACAUCAGGUUCAUUGGAGAACUUUGCAAGUUCAAAAUUUCCCCUCCUGGCCUAGUCUUCAGUUGUUUGAAGGCCUGUUUAGAUGAUUUUACACACCACAACAUUGAUGUAGCUUGCAAUCUUCUUGAAACAUGUGGCCGUUUUCUGUAUCGGUCUCCAGAAACUACUAUACGUAUGGCUAACAUGUUGGAGAUACUGAUGCGGUUGAAAAAUGUAAAAAACUUGGAUCCGAGACAUAGCACUUUGGUGGAGAAUGCAUACUACCUUUGCAAGCCACCAGAAAGAUCUGCACGAGUAGCUAAAGUUCGUCCUCCAUUGCAUCAGUAUAUCAGAAAAUUACUUUUCUCUGAUCUUGAUAAGUCUACCAUUGAGCAUGUGCUGAGGCAACUCCGUAAGUUACCUUGGAAUGAAUGUGAACCAUAUCUUUUGAAAUGCUUCAUGAAGGUCUACAAAGGAAAAUAUGGUCAGAUCCACCUGAUUGCAUCUCUUGCUGCUGGAUUAAGUCGCUAUCAUGAUGAGUUUGCUGUAGCUAUCGUUGAUGAGGUACUGGAGGAGAUUAGAGUUGGGCUGGAGUUAAAUGACUAUGGGAUGCAGCAAAGACGCAUUGCUUACAUGCGAUUCUUGGGGGAGCUUUACAACUAUGAGCAUGUAGACUCAUCUGUUAUUUUUGAGACACUAUAUCUCAUUCUCAUCUAUGGCCAUGGGACACAAGAGCAAGAUGUACUGGAUCCACCUGAAGAUUGUUUUCGCAUAAGGUUGAUCAUUACUCUGCUUGAAACUUGUGGGCAUUACUUUGAUCGUGGCUCUUCUAAGAGGAAACUUGAUCGAUUCCUAAUACACUUCCAGAGGUAUAUUUUAAGCAAAGGGGCACUGCCUCUGGACAUCGAAUUUGACUUACAGGAUCUGUUUGUGGACUUGCGUCCCAAUAUGGUUCGUCACAAUUCUAUUGAGGAAGUGAAUGCAGCUCUCGUAGAACUCGAGGAACAUGAUCGAAUUGUUUUUGCUGAUAAGGCCAGUAGUGAAAAACAUUCUGACACUGAGAAGUCUUUAAGUAGGACCACUUCCACUACUACAGUGGUUGGCAAUGGACAAAGCAUUGAUAAUGGUAUGGAAGAAAAUGGAGUGCAAGAUGAUAAUGACAGUGAGACUGAUUCAGGGAGUGACACAAUUGAUGUUGAGGGACAUGAUGAUGAAGAGUUGGAUGAGGAGAAUCAUGAUGAUGGGUGUGAAACUGAGGAUGAUGACGACGACGACGAUGAUGGGCCUGGACCUGCUUCUGACGAGGAGGAUGAAGUCCAUGUGAGACAAAAAAUGACCCAGGUGGACCCUCUGGAAGAAGCCAAUUUUGAUCAGGAGCUCAAGGCUGUAGUACAGGAGAGUAUGGAACAGCGAAGGCAGGAGCUACGAGGUCGUCCUACAUUGAACAUGAUGAUUCCAAUGAAUGUAUUUGAGGGAUCUGCCAAGGAUCACCAUGGGAGGGGAGUUGGUGGGGAAAGUGGUGAUGAGCCCCUGGAUGAGGAUACUGGAGGAAACAAAGAGGUUCAGGUGAGAGUUCUUGUGAAGCGUGGAAACAAGCAGCAAACAAAGCAGAUGUUCAUCCCACGGAAUUCCUCACUGGUGCAGAGUACAAAACAGAAAGAAGCAGCAGAGCUUCAAGAGAAAGAAGACAUCAAGAGGCUUGUCUUGGAGUAUAAUGACAGAGAAGAAGAGGAGCUUAAUGGAUUAGGGACCCAGGCAACAAACUGGAUGCAGAGUGUAGGUUACAAGGGUGGUGGCCGUGGCAGCAGUUUGGAAGGAAACAGUGGCAGGGGUAGUGGAUCAAGACAUCGGCAUCAUAAUUAUUCUGGCAGUGGAAUCUAUUACAGUAGAAGAAAGUGAAUGGUACUUGAGUGAAUACUGAAGGCAGAUAUUUGUUGCCUUCUGCUUCCCCUCAGCAAGGCAGAUAUUUGUUUGCCACACUACCACACUACCACACUUUGCUGUUCAAAAAAUUCAUGGCAAAGGCAAGUCUAAUAGCUUAUCUUGUUGGUAAGUGGUGGUUUCGAACAUAGAGUGUUGGAGAUGCUGGCAGGGGUUAUAGAGUGGUGUACACACCACUUUGGUUUCCUGAUCUUAAGCUGACAUGCAGGAUGUAAGAUUGUGGGUUGCCUGCAUACAUGUAGCAAAUGUAGUCCUGUAAUUUAUAUCACGGCUUCGGAGCUUCCUGUAUAGCUAUCUGUAUGGAGCUAAAAUCACAAUGUUUGGUUUUGGUGGUGUCAAGUUAGCCAAAGGUUGGAUUAUAUAACGUGAAGAAAGAAUAGGCAAAAAAAUGUCUUGAUGCUUUGUUAACAUAUCAAAAACCCUGUCAAACAUCAGUGUAAGAAUCGAUCUCUAUUGUUUACAAGUUUGUAUUGCCAAUCAUCAUCAUUACAUUCUAGUUCAAUGAGUAAUUCUUGUAUGGGCAUUGGUUUGAUCCCAGACUGCUCAAUUGGAGAUCUAGCUGAAGAUUGUACCAUAGUUUGCCAUUGGGAAUGUGUUAAGCUUUUUCUUGUAGAAACUCCUUAGAUGUGAUGGGGUUUGGUACACCAUGAAUAUUUAUUAUGCGUGAAAGCAUAGAUGAUGCAAGGGGUAUUCAUGAGUUGGUUUGGUUUA